GGAGAGACGGAAGAAAGAUAAACCGCCGUCUCACGAUGUUGAAAUACUGGAUGAAUCAGUCGCCGAAGUUGAAGAAAGGUCACCGACACCUACAACUUUAAAGAAAUUUAUUAUCAAAUCGGCUACAUCAAAGUUAAAGGUCACCGAGCCUGAGUCGUCAACACCCAAGGGAAAGGUCAUAGCUGUGAAACAGAUUGUUCCAGUCGUCAUCUCGGCAUCCACUACGAAAGGGCGCAGGGAGAAAGGAACGCGUGAGAAAGCGAAACGGGAGACAUCUCGAGAAUCAGAAGCAUCGGAAGCGAGCCUACCAAGUACUUCGACGGUUAGCAUAAGGUCACAUGCGGACCUGAAAACGACUCGAUCAAGAACCACGGAGCCAAGAAGCCUAGCGAAGGUUCUGGAAAAAGGGAAAAAAGCAAAGAGCGAACCCGCAAAGCCGAAAAAGAAAGGGAAAGAGGCCAUGAAAAUCGACGCAUUGGCAAUGGCCAAUUAUAUCGAACCGGACGGUGACAGUGAACUUAAUUAUUCAGGAGAUGAAGCAGAAUUUGAAGAUCCAGACAGCGAUAAUUUGACCACGAUUGACGAAAUCAUCGACGCAUUUGACGGAGCUGAGAAGAAUUUUACACGAAUACGAACGACAUCAGUAACAUCGAAAUUCAGAACGGGGCUAAAGAAAUAUUUGAGAAAAGAAAUGCACCGUAGUUUCACCAAACAGAAGUUCGAUGUGGUAUUAGAAUACGCUCGGAAUGCGGGAAAACUUCUCCAGAAACAUCCGAACUUCGCGUAUAAGGCUAAAUUAUUCAGACCGUCAAGUUCGGAUAAGGCGCUGACGACUCCAAAUGAAGAUACCUCAAUGCGAGUAGAAAGGGCCAAUCGCGGGAAUGACAAGCCCGUUGGGGUCAACGAGCCACCGGAUCAGCCAAUACAUCAAUGCUGUUUGGAAUGACGGAAAAGGAAUGAUAAAGGAAAUCGACACGGCCACUGAACGCGUGUUGCCGAGGAUGAUAAAACAGAACAUCCUUUCCACAACGAACGCACAUAAAGGAUAUCCGAUCCGAUACACGAGAGUAGGCCUGAUACCGCCGGAAAAACAAGUCCAUUGUAACAUGUCCGACAGUCAGGAGAUGGAAAAGGUGCCAUCGAGUGGAGACCCGACAACUCCCAUAUUGAAUCGGAUCGCACAGCUAACAGCUGAAGAAGAAGCCGCUCGGACUAAAGCACAAGCACCGAAAGCGACGAAAAAGAAAGGACCGAUGGACGCGGAAUCCGAAGAGAGUGACGAUAACACCUCUGUCCCAACGCCUUUGGAACCGACGACAGAAAAGCCUAAAGGUCAAGAAACAUCUGGAACUGUGACGGAAAAAACUCAACCGAAAGGUCAUGGGACUUCAGAAAAACGGGAGAAAGAAAAGGUCAUGCUCCCGAUGGACAAGGCAGCGGCAGAAGCAGAAGCGGCCUCCGCGCGACAGGUGUUUCAGAAAUCAUUGUUCGCACCAUUGAAGGAGGUUUUUGAGAAAGAGCGAUCGAAGUCGGAAGGUGAAAUGGGAGGUCACGAGACUUUGCCACAGAAAGAGAAAACCGAUGAACCGAAAUCUGCUCAGUCAUCAUCAGGAACUGACCCAACGGACUCGGCAUCAUUCCCCCAGAAGACUAGCGGUACAAAAAUAAAAGAGCCGACAGACUACACGCUAGGCGCACCGUUGGACGUGACUAACCGGACAUGGAGCGAAGUCCGAGCUGCACUUCAGAACAUUAGCGAAGGCGAGAUGCUUGGUGCGGAUCUGAAAAGACAAGUCGCUGAAAACUCGAAUGGAAGAUCAUCACUUAGCAUGACCGAGCGAGUCUUGAAAAGAGCAUAUAAGGAAGGAAGACUGGGAUGUAAAUAUAACAAGGUUAUUUACUACCUUCCGAAACAGGGCCAGGAUCGUACGCCCAGGCUGAAAAUGGUGCUAGAGGCCUGGAAGAUAGCCAUCACAGAUGUGGCUUUGGACGCCAUCGGCGGUAACAAUGGAGCGUUAUGGAAUCACCUUUCGAACUUCAUGGCCGUCCACUACGAAUUGGGAGAAUUGAACAUCGAGAAGGAUAAAGAAUGGAUCAAGAACGCUGUUGAAGCCUUGAUCGCGGACGAAGCUAUUCAUAUUAACAAAGAUGGCCGAGUUGACUUUAAGCCGCUACGUCCGCCGGCGAAGGAGUCCGAAUGA